ACUUGCAUUGACUUCCAAAAAAUGUGGAAAAUUUACAUUCUGCAAUUCUCAGUCUCACAAGAAGUGUUUUAGAUUUGAAUAUAAAUGGCAUUUGUAGGCUUCUUGUUUUCUCACACAAUUAGCACUCACAAUAUGGAUACAUUUUCCACCCUUCUUUUGCUUCUCAUAUUGUUUUCUUGUGUUAUCCUCUCUGCUGCACACAACAUAACUCAAAUCAAAAGUGAUGAAUAUAUACUUCUUGCCUUCAAAUCCCACAUCACUUCAGAUCCUUCCAAUAUUUUGAAAAAUAAUUGGACCAGUGGAACCUCAUUUUGCACAUGGAUAGGAGUUACUUGUGAUUCGCGUCGUAGCAGGGUGACUAAAUUAGAUCUCUCUGAUAUGGAACUCGAAGGAAGCAUCCCACAGGAAAUUGGAAAUCUUUCUUCACUCGUUUAUCUAGAUUUGAGUCAUAACUUUUUUCAUGGUUGUAUUCCUCAAUCCAUUUUUGAAUUUGUUAUUAGUAGAAUGUAUUUUAUUUAUACGGUAAUUCUAUCAGGUCGGCUACCAAAGGACAUUUGCAUGCACAAUAACCUUCAAAGCCUCAAACUACUUAACCUAUCGAGGAAUGAAAUGGAAGGAGAUAUACCGUCAAGUUUGUACCAAUGUCCACAACUCGAGAGUAUUGACUUGUCACGCAACAGCUUUGGUGGAUAUGUGCCUACACAAAUUUGGAAUAUCACACUGCUUAAGGUAUUAGACCUUAGUUCCAACAAUUUGAGAGGCCGGCUACCAAAAGACAUUUGCUCGCAUAACAAUCUUCAAAGACUCAAACUACUUAGCCUGAGGUGGAACAAAUUGGAGGGAGAUAUACCGUUGAGUUUGGGUCAAUGUACACAACUUGAGAGUAUUGACUUGUCAUCCAACAACUUUGGUGGAAAUGUCCCUCGAGAAUUUGGGAACAUCACACAGCUUAAGCAAUUAUACCUUAGUUGGAACAAUUUGAAAGGUGGUAUUCCAAAAGAGAUUGUUUAUCUUAAUAAUUUAGAGAUAUUAGACAUGAGUGGCAACAAUCUUAGUGGACCAUUUCCAAGACAAAUUUUGAACAUCACAAGUCUCCGUGAACUACAGCUCAGCUUCGCCUCUUUAAAUGGUCCAAUACCAUCCACCAUUGGAAAUCUAUCAAACUUGACGGAGCUAGACCUCUCUUCCAACAAAUUAAAUGGUCUAAUACCAUCCACCAUUGGGAAUCUAUCCAAUUUGCGGUUGCUACUGCUCUCUUCCAACAAAUUAAAUGGUGAGCUUCCAUUCUCCAUGUGCAACAUGACAUCCCUUCAAAUUCUUAUUUUCUCAAAUAACAGUUUGGAAAUCUUUGGACAUAUUUCAUCUAAAUGCAAAUCACUUUAGUGGCCCCAUUCCAUCAAUAUUUAUGAGAGGGUGUAUUUUUGAGUCUAACAAUUUGAGUGUUAAUAAAUU